AUGAAGAUCUUCACGCUUGCCUCAGCCUUCCUGGCUACAGCUCUCGCUGCUCCAGCUACACUGGCACCAAGCGACAUCACACCACGCACCUUGAGCGUUCUCAAAAACUUCGCCAAAUGCCCGACAAACCCUGCCCAACCUGACGGCAAACUCCCCAAGGGCAACAGCAUCUCCACCUCAGCCCUCGUCCCUAUAUCUGCAAAGAAUCCCGACAAAGCAUAUCCGACCACAGAAUGGGCAACCGUAACCCCUAAAGACAAAUGCACGAUCUUCAACCUCGAGCUCGAUUCCGACGCUACCCAGGGCAAGAUCUGCAACCUCGUUUUCGACUUCCCCUCUCUCAUCCAAGCACCCGGACUCUUCAUCUUCAAGGGCCCUGGCCGAUUUACGUUCACCGGUUACGACAUCAAUGCUGGUGCAGAGGCUGGCGUUACCACAUACAACCACCAACCGCGUCCAGGUCCAAGCCCACCGAACCCGCCGCCAGUCAUAAAGCCAGGCAACAGCUACAUUGUCAACGGUGCGCCGUGUGGAAUCCCUCCCGGUAUCGGCAAGGUGACCGUCAGUGGAGCGUUGUGUUCUGAGGACACCACGUUGACGUUCAAGCAAAGUGAUUUGUUCUGUCCCUUGGGCUUCUACGUUGUGCUUACUGAUGAUCCUAAUGCGGGAGGGUAUGCGCCUCACUAA